AUGCUGACCCUGCAAAGCUAUCUCACGCCCAACAAUAUUGCAAGCCCCAGGAUGAUUGAAAGGUACGGUGCCGAUUGGGGCUUGAAUGCCCGGGGUGUCUACUACCGCCACAGGUAUUCCCAAGGGUGGGUUACGGCUGGUCAUGAUCUCUGGCUACCAUCGCUUGAUGGUAUUGAUUGGAAUGGUCCCGGCGAGUCCAGUCGCCGCUCGAGAGCAAAAGCUUUUCUUAAGUGUAUUCUCAACAAUGAACGAUGGAGGAAGAGCGAAUAUGCGUGGGAAGCUGACGCCUGGACGCAUGUUUUCGGUCAAAUGAGAGACGACCCAGUUUUGGCCGUAUUGAGUGAGUCCAGCGAUAAACACGAAUACAACACCAUUAAGUUGAAGAGAGAUCCCGUGUCUUGUCUAUUGGUGGGUGAGCCUAAGUUUAUCAAGAGGAUUCCGGAUGCAACUUUCGGCCUUGCAACCUUCAAACCGAAAGACUACCAGAACCCUCUAGCAGAAUGGAAUUUAGACCAUGACCGCCUUGAAGCACUCCUACUUCAUCGACAUUGCGGCCUUAUCUCUGACCCACGCUGGGGUGAUGCGGAUCUUGCAUUCCCUUUCGCGGUCUAUGAAGCUAAAGGAUGGAGCGGGGAUGCUCGAGAAGCACGCCGACAGGGAUGCUCAGCAGGGGCAGUGUAUCUUGACAUGUUAGAUAAUCUUGCAUGCCAGCCCGGAAAGGCUGGCAAAGGGAAAAGAGCGUAUCAAUCGGCAGAAGCCCGCAGCAACAAUCAAGUAUUUGUCUUUACCUCCUUUGGGGCCCACUGGCAUAUCCUGGUUGGGUAUAAAAGACCGCGACUUGAAAGGGAGUGUGCCGGACAUGAAGGAUUCAGUGAAUCUGUCUACGAGAUGUUACGCCAAUGA